ACAAAAUUCCCUAGAGUACAUUAGUUGCAUUCUGUUUAGACACCUGGUUGAGAGAAAGAAAGAAAGAAAAAAUUUAUAUUCGUAUUUGUAAUUUGUUUUGUGAUAUUUAAUUUCUUAAGCGGAAUGUAAAUUACGUUAUUCUGGAGAAAGAUACUCUAAAUAUUUAGAAAAAACAGACAAAAAAGAUGUAUUUUUCAUAAUUGAAUAUAUCACGGUUAUGUCAAUGUAUUAAAAAUUGAUAUGACAUUGAGCGUUUCGAAGAGUCAUUGUGGCAAAUUGCUAUAGGUUAUGUCAUUGUUCGAAAGGUAGUUGAAAACUUAAAAAUUUUGUAAUGAAGAAUCAGGAAGAGGUGGAUUUGUACCGGGAUACAUAUGUGAGAUAUUUAGGUUAUGCGAACGAGGUUGGCGAGGCAUUUAGAAGCUUAGUACCAAAGUCUAUUGUAUGGUUCAGUUAUGCGGUGUCAAGUGGAUAUGUGCUUGCCGACACUGUUCACAAGGGUACACAUGUCUACAAAGUUGAUACCAGCUCACAAAGAAAUAAAAAUGUCUUGUUGUCCACAUCAGAUACUCUGAUAUGGCAGGCAUUUGCAUCUAUAAUAGUUCCUGGUUUUACCAUAAAUCGAAUUUGUGCAGCAGUUCAGUUUGCACAGAGAAAAAGUACAAAUGUGGUUCUGAGGAAACCUUGGAUCUCAACAAUCGUCGGCUUAGUGUCCAUACCUUUCAUAAUCCAUCCUAUAGAUCAUGCUGUGGAAAGGACUAUGGAUAUAACAUAUAGAAAAUAUACUGGAUACCAUCCAAAAGCACCGCUAUGUGGAAUUAAGCAUGAGUAAUGAAACAUAGCACAUUAGAGACUUAUAGUUAUUAACCUGAGAGAGGUCAUUCUCAAGUCUAAGCAAAAAGUAUUUAAGUAUAUGAAAGAAUGUGUUCUUCAUCUUUGACAUAAAAUAAUUAAAAGGCCUUAUUAAUGCGCAACAAUAUAAUGCAAAGUAAUAUGAUAUUUUUUAAUCGAAUUAUAUUUUAUCAAGGGAUAUAAAAUAAUCACAUUUGCCUACUAUUACAUUUACCAAUUACUCUAUAAAAUUACUCUAUAAAAUUCCGAAUAACAUGAAAUACAAGAUGACAGUACAACAUGAAAUAAGCUGUCUAUUUAAAGAAGAAAACUUUUACUAAAAUUGAGAUGUGCACAAAUUGAUCCAAAGUAAUGUAAGGAAACUUUGCGACCUCUCCUGGUUUAGACACAAUAAAAAGUAUUACUGCCUGUAUAUUCUAAAAUGAAACAACACAAGAUAUUAGAUUAGGAUACAUUGUUAUAUAAUUAUUAGAGCGUUAAAUAUUUUUGUUAUGAUGUACAUAUUAUAUGAUUCUGUAUGUACAUUACGAUUUUAAGCGUCGCCUUGAGCGCCGGUUUGGUGCCGUUAUUGUUGAAUAAAUAAUUGAUUCUACAUUC